CGCCAACAUGGAGUUCCUCGCCGAAGAGAACGAGUGUGGGCAGACGCUCCUUCGGCUCGUGAGCCGCGGCAGCGCCAUCAUCGCCGAGCUCUUCCGCCUCAGCAACAACAUCCCAGGUAUCUUUCUCGGGUCGGCCUUCGUCGAGGACCCGGAGCAGCGCAAGUACCUCGACAUCCUCUUCGACUUUGCGUACCUCAAGAACCCGGAGGAGUUUGAAAACGUCGUCAACAGCAACACGGAGCUGCUCGACGUCGACGAUGAGUUUAUGGACAACCACGAAGACAUCCUCGACCGCUUCUACCAGCUCUUUGACAGCAUCUACAAGUACAUCAAGGACUACCUCGACUUUUGCGAGAACCUCGAGAAGGGCUUCUUCAUCCAGCACGACCUCGCCAACAACCUCCUCGACACGGACGGCGCGCAGCUCAUGUGCGAGUCGCUCUAUCUCUACGGCUGCAUGCUCCUCCUCCUCGACCAAAAAAUUCCGGGCCCCGCACGCGAGCGCAUGGUCAUUGCGUUCUUCCGCAACAAGGGCGAGUCGGCGCUCGAGAACAUUGACGAAGUGUGCAAGCUCUGCCGCGUCACGGGGUACCUCCCGGGCAUGGCCAAGCCGCCGCAGUACCCGGAGCGCUUCUUCAAGCGGUUUGCGCCGCCGGAAGAGGUCGUGAGCAUGGUCAUCGGGAAGCUCCAGACCGACGACGUGUAUCUGCAAGAGCCCGCGUUCCCGCACCGCGACCACCGCAGCACGCGUCUCGCAGCCCAGGCCAGCGCGCUCUACGUCGUGCUCUACUUUGCGCCCGACAUUCUCAUCCACGAGAGAGCCAGCAUGCGCGAAAUCGUCGACCGGCACUUCAACGACAACUUCAUCCUGGCGACCUACAUGGGCACAGUCGUCGACCUCUCGCUGGAGUGGGCGCCGUACCCGGCGGCGCGCGUUGCGCUCGCCAAUACGCUCGAGAUGAGCAACAUUACGCAGAUCGUCAAGACAAAGGCCAAGCAAAGCGUCAAGUCGAUCGACCAGCUCUCGCACUACCUCACGGAAGGCGUGUUGAACGACCAGUUUGUGCUCGAGAACCUCGACCCGCUGUUGCACUGCAUUCGCAGCGCGAACGUAGUGAUCCGCUGGACGAUCCUCCACAGCCGCAUGCAAGAAGUGAUUCCGAUGAUGAACAACAGCCGCGACCAGCGCACCGUCUUUGACAAGGCAACAGACCCGGACCGCCUGAUCACGCUGCUGUUGCAAGCGUCGCAGCUCGAGUGGAAGCUCAAGCAGAUUUUCCAGUCGCUGCUCGCGUCCAAAGAAGAGCGCUGGCAGCACUGCAUGAAGGAGACGAGCGACCGCUUGGAAGAGCUCAGCGAUUACUUUACGGGCGAGAAGCCGCUCACACGUGUUGAGCGCAACGAAGACCUCAUGGGUUGGUUCAAGGACACAGCCGAGAAGGUCAAAAGCCUCGACUACGUCGACCACGUCAAGGCCGGUCGACGCAUCAAGCGGCUCAUUGAAGCCCUUCUGUCGGUCGAGCAGUUUGACCAAAUCGACACGUCGCUCCAAGUCAAGGCCUUCUUGGCCGAGUCGCGCCAGUACCUCACGGAAAUGGUGCGGACCGUCCGUGUCCGCCAGGAGGCCAUGGGCAUCAUCGAGACGGUCUCGGAUCUGAGCUACGGCUGGGAGAUCAUCAACGACUUUAUGCCGAUUUUGCAUACGCGCGUCAAGCGCGAUCCAAGCUGUGUCAUCUUGCUGCGUGCGCUCUUUUUGAAGCUGGCGUCCAUCUUGGACAUUCCGCUCACGCGAAUUCACCAGUGCAACUCGACCGACGUCAUCUCGGUCGCCGAGUACUACUCGGGCGAGCUCGUCGACUACGUCCGGCGCGUCAUGGAGAUCAUUCCGCAGAGCGUCUUUCGCAUUUUGGCGGGCAUUGUCAAGCUCCAGACGGACCACAUGAAGACGAUCCCGGUCAAGAUCGAAGCGCUAUUGCUCAAGAACCACGCGCAGCUCAACGAGCGGUACCGCCUCGCGCGCGCGACCAACGAAGUGUCCAAGUACACGGAAGGUAUCUUGGCCAUGAAGAAGACGCUGCUCGGUAUCCUCGAAGUCGAUCCGCGCCAAGUGCUCGAAGAAGGCUUGCGCAAGGAGCUCGUCUACCGCGUCUCGCGCGCGUACCAUGACAUUCUGCAGUUUCCAGCGGCGCUCAACGCUUCGGAAGGCACGGCGAUCUUCCAGUCGCUUGCGAGCACGUUGCAGGCGUACCGCCUCUCGUUCGAGUACAUUCAAGAUUAUGUCGGGAUCUAUGGGCUACGCAUGUGGCACGAGGAGCUGAGCCGCGUCAUCAACUACAACGUCGAGGCCGAGUGCAACCGGUACCUCAAGAAGAAGAUUUACGACCGUGCAUCGCAGUACCAGUCGCGUGCGAUCCCGAUCCCGCGCUUCUCGCCGCCGCCCCAAGACACGAGCAUCAAUUUCAUGGGCCGGCUCCUCCACGCGCUCUUUGUCAUGACGGACCCGCACGACACGAUCUUCUCGUUCCAGUGCCUCAGCUGGUUCCACGAAGACGGGACUGAAGUCGCCGGCAUGAGCACGUUUGGCCUCUUGCACCAGAGCAUUGGACUUCUCGGGCUCGUUGGCAUUGACCGCAUGCUCAGCUUCCGCAUCGUGCACACGCUCAACAACUUGAUCAAGUUUUGGGGCUCGACGGUCACGCCGUACUUGCCGCUGCUCGACCAGCUCGCGACAGGCCUCGAGCCGUACUGGCGCAUGCCAGAGAACGCCACCAAGCUUUACGAAGCCGCGCUCAAGAAGGUCGAGAAGCUCCAGAGCAAGCUCCUCAAGGCGAUUUUGAUCAUUGGCCAAGCCGCGCUUCUUCGCAAGGCGAUUGCGGGCGAGCUCGCGUUUAGCUCGCGCCUCGACGCGCAUUUGCUCACGUGCUCGGUCGACACGCUCGACAAAAGUCUCCUUGGGGACAUUCGCCAGCACUACCGGUCGCCAACCACGACGCCGUACCCCAACCCCGCCGUGCUCGUCGAAGUCAACAAGUACCUCGAAAACAUGGGCGCCAACGACCCGUUCCAGAAGAUUUACAUCACGAUGGACGCGCCCCUCGACGGGCUCUCGAGCCUCUUCCUGCUCUUUGUGCUCGCGUAUAUGCCCAAGCUGCAGUACGACGCGGCGUUUGGGUCCCUCAAGCGCGUGGCGCAGAACCCGCUCGACGGGUCGCCGCUCGUGCUCGGCCUCGUCACGAUCUUCAAGCAACUCCACCCGUCGUUCACCGACCAGUUUGUCGCGUACGUCGGGCAGUACAUCCGGUCGCAAAUCAACGACAUUGCGCAGCGCCCGGGGGCGACCGGCGAGCUCCCCCCGGAUGUGCUCAACGUGCUCAUCUUCCUCGUGCAAUUUGCGCGCGCGUCGCACCUCAAGCCGAGCAUGCUCCACACGCACGUACCGGCCUACAUCUUUGACGCGAUGCAAAUGUGAGCGAAGCUUUGUGGACGCAGGUUGCAUGCCCCUUGACUAUGCGUAUACGCUGAAGACGAUUAUGAUUGUUCUUUUAUUUCACGUGUACAAUAUUG